UAUGAGAAGGGACCAGAGGUUGCAUAAGGAGGACUUGGUUAAGAAUUAAAAGUCAACACACUGGAUAAAGUUAAUAUUGGACUGCGUCAGCCCAGACACGAAGAACUUCAUUGCCAACCUCAAGUGUUGUUGUUUCUGUCAACACACUUGUGGCAGUACUGAAAAGAGAAACUUAAGUUUAUCUUGGGACCACAAUCGGAUUUUACAAGUUCAUAGGAAGUGUGUAGCUUAAUCAACGCUUAUAACGAUGAAGCCUUUAUCUUUCAAGAACACCUCAGAGCACUUUCGGAUGUGUAUCUUUCUGAUUCUACUUUGGGUUGUCACUGACUCAAGCAGUACAGCAGCAACAGCAGCAACAUCUAGCACAACACUGAAACCAUCAGUGUCACCGUCGACAACUCUUCCAACACCAAAACCACCAGUGUCACCGUCGACAACUCUUCCAACACCAAAACCACCAGUGUCACCGUCGACAACUCUUCCAACAACAAAACCACCUCCUGUAAAUGUCAAUAAUGUGACUGUUUUGACACAAAAUGAGACCAGUAUAACUCUGAAGUGGGACAAGGUUAACAACAUCACAACAUACUUUCUACAAUAUGAUAACAACGAAGAUGGUCAAAAGGAGGUCUUCAUCAAUGCAACAGAUGAAGAGCCAUCAGUCAAACAUGUGGUCACUCCUCUGACUGCUGGGAGAAAAUAUAAUUUCACCCUCAUCACUGUGUUUGAGGGAGUCAACAGCACUGGUUACACAUUUCAAGCUGUCACUGCUCCUGAAAAUGUCAAGAAUGUGACUGUUUUGGCACAAAAUGAGACCAGUAUAACUCUGAAGUGGGUAAAGGUUAACAACAUCACAACAUACCUUCUACAAUAUGAUAACGAAGAUGACGUCAUCGAUGCAACAGAUGGAGCGACAUCAGUCACACAUGUGGUUACUCCUCUGACUGCUGGGAAAAAAUAUCAUUUCACCCUCAUCACUGUGUUUGAUGGAGUCAAGAGCACUGGAUACACAUUUCAAGCUGUCACUGCUCCUGAAAAUGUCAAGAAUGUGACUGUUUUGACACAAAAUGAGACCAGUAUAACUCUGAAGUGGGUAAAGGUUAACAACAUCACAACAUACUUUCUACAAUAUGAUAACGAAGAUGACGUCAUCAAUGCAACAGAUGGAGCGACAUCAGUCACACAUGUGGUUACUCCUCUGACUGCUGGGAAAAAAUAUCAUUUCACCCUCAUCACUGUGUUUGAUGGAGUCAAGAGCACUGGAUACACAUUUCAAGCUGUCACUGCUCCUGAAAAUGUCAAUAAUGUGACUGUUUCGACACAAAAUGAGACCAGUAUAACUCUGAAGUGGGUAAAGGUUAACAACAUCACAACAUACUUUCUACAAUAUGAUAAUGAAGAUGACGUCAUCGAUGCAACAGAUGGAGCGACAUCAGUCACACAUGUGGUUACUCCUCUGACUGCUGGGAAAAAAUAUAAUUUCACCCUCAUCACUGUGUUUGAUGGAGUCAAGAGCACUGGAUACACAUUUGAAGCUGUCACUGCUCCUCGUAACACAGGAGAGUUAGAAUCAAUUGGUCAAAAUGAGACCAGUAUAACUCUGCAAUGGAAAAAAGUGGAUGACAUCCUCACGUAUACACUUGUGUUCAAUGAAAGCGUGAUACACGUCACUGCAUCAGGGGGACUUGAAAAAGUGAACCACACAAUCUUAGAGCUCACAAGUGGGACUAAAUACGACUUCAGUCUCUUCACUGUAUUUGAAAAUAUCAGAAGCAGUGGAGUAAACUACACUGCAGUCACUGCUCCUGGAAAUGUUAAUAAUGUAACUGUGCUCACACAAAAUGAGACCAGUAUAACUCUGCAAUGGAAAAAAGUGGAUGACAUCCUCACGUAUACACUUGUGUUCAAUGAAAGGAUGAUACACGUCACUGCAUCAGGGGGACUUGAAAAAGUGAACCACACAAUCUUAAAGCUCACAAGUGGGACUAAAUACGACUUCAGUCUCUUCACUGUAUUUGAAAAUAUCAGAAGCAGUGGAGUAAACUACACUGCAGUCACUGCUCCUGGAAAUGUUAAUGAUGUAACUGUGCUCACACAAAAUGAGACCAGUAUAACUCUGAAGUGGGACAAGGUUAAACACAUCUCAACAUACUUCCUACAAUAUGAUAACAAAGGAAGUCUCAUUGAGGUCAAGGGCAGCACUUUUAAUAAAAUGGCAUCAGUGACACAUGAGGUCUCUUUGCUCAGUGCUGGGACAAAAUACAACUUCACUCUCUUGACUUGCUUUGAGAAAGUCAACAGCACUGGAUUCUCAUUUAACGCUGUGACUGUUCCCUCAAUGGUGACUUUGGUCAACGUGACUGAACGCUCUGUGACCAGCAUAACCCUGACGUGGCAGAACGCGAAGAAAGACUGGGAAUACUCUCUCAUCGUCAAUGGGGAAAAUCCACAACUUCUCCCAAAUACAGCCAUGGAUGUUGUGUCCCAUUCAACCAUGUCUCUCCAGCCUGGAACAGCGUAUACAUUCCACGUGAUCACACAGUUCUCUGGAUUCAAUAGCACUGCUUACGAAGUCUUCACAGUAACAGCCAUAGACUGUACCAAGGUAAACUGGCUUGUUACUAACUCAUCGAUCCAAGGAACGAUUGAAGGCUUGUUCUCGAAUGCAACAGCCAUUAAUGAAUCACAAACUCAUGUCAGUCCUGAAGGAAGCAAUGUGUCAUUUUCUGGCCUCUACCCUGGAGCGACCUAUGAGGUGUCUCUUGUGUAUAAAAAUAAUACCAAAACCUAUCCACAGUGUACUCACAGUUUGACAAUCAUUCCUCCGUAUUUAAGCGCACACUGUGAGUACUCCGCCGCUGGCUAUUCUGUCUUUAUCGUCUGGGAUCAUCCAGAUGGUGUGUGGACUUCAGUUGAGGUGAACGUGGCUGGGGAAACUUACAAAGUGCCUGAAAAUAAGCCACAGAAUCUCAAAAUAUCUGGAUUCCAACCUGCUAAAACAUAUCAGGUGUCUUUAGCGACACUGGUGAUGCCACUGUCCGGGCCCAUAAGGAAGUCUGAACAAUUGUUUUUUUCAUGUCCAACUGAUCCAAGGGGAGUCAUUGCAGGGGCAGUAAUUGCUGUUGUGCUUUUUUGUCUCCUGGUCUGUUUGGCCCUCUUCAUUUUUUUUAAAAGACCAGAUAUUAUCAGCAGAAAAAAGGCAUUCAUUGGUGGUUCCAGACAAGCCAAUAAAAAGAUCAAAGCUAUUUCUGUGGCAAAGUUUCCAGACCACUUUUACCAGUUAGAGCUGGAUGAGAAUAGAGGUUUCAGCCAGGAAUAUGAGAAUCUCAUUCCUGUUGGCAUGGAGCAAACACGAGAGGCAGCUCUUCUACCCCAGAACAAAGCGAGGAACCGUUUCACCAAUAUCCUACCAUAUGACUGGUGUCGGGUGAUGCUUACUACAUCCAAUCCCAAUGAAACUUCCGACUACAUCAAUGCCUCUUACAUGCCAGGCCACAACAGCAACAGAGAGUACAUCGCUACCCAGGGUCCUCUGCCCUCCACAGUCAAUGAAUUCUGGAGAAUGAUCUGGGAACAAAGAGUUAAAGGCAUUGUCAUGGUAACCAACUGCACUGAGGGAGGACGGACUAAGUGUGAGCUAUACUGGCCUGCAAACAGUAAUCCUUGCUCUUACGGAGGGCUGUUAGUCACCAUCAGAUCUGAGCAGCAGGAGGCCAACUGGACAUUGAGGGAAUUUAGGGUGAAACAUCGGAAUAACUCAGAGGAGCGCACAGUGAAACAUUUUCACUUCACUGCCUGGCCUGACCAUGGAGUCCCACAGGGCACCGAAGUCCUGAUCCAGUUCAGAGGGCUGGUGAGACAGCACAUAGAGAGAGAAGGGGCUGGAGCACCAACCGUGGUUCACUGCAGUGCUGGAGUUGGGAGGACAGGCACUAUCAUUGCUCUGGAUGUGUUGCUUCAGCAGCUAGAUAAAGAAAGAGCUGUGGGAAUCAACGGCUUUGUGCACAAGAUGAGACUGAGCCGACCGCACAUGGUGCAGACGGAGUCCCAGUAUGUUUUCCUGCACCAAUGCAUCAUGGACCGUCUGCAGCCAAAUGAGAAGAAUGAAGAGAACAUAUAUGAGAAUGCAGAAAUGAUAUACGCCAAUGCCACAGCACUCCGAGAGUUCAAAAACGCCUAAAUAAG